AUGGGUAUGAAAAUGGCGAAAAACUCACGACUUGAUCCCGAAGUACUUGAACGACUUAUGCAACAAACGGGAUUAGAACGAGAAGUAAUUAUUGCGUGGAGGAAACAAUUUUUGUUAGCAUGUCCAAGUGGAAAAAUGGGACGUAAAGAUUUUUAUAAAUUUUAUCGUACUUUACGUGUUGAAUCAGAUGAGAAGGUGAAAGAAAUUGCUAAUUUUGUAUUUACAGCAUUUGAUCGUGAUUCAAAUGGAAAAAUUGAUUUUACAGAAUUUUUAGGCGGUUAUGCGAUUACAUCUUUGGGCGAUACGAGAGCAAAAUUAGAAUAUGUAUUUGCAUUAUACGAUAAAGAUAAAAGCAAUUCAAUUGAUCGAAAAGAAAUGAUACGUGUUAUAAGUGCUAUGUAUGAUCUUUUGGGUAAAAGUAAAAGUGAAUAUCCUCCAGAAAAAUGUGUUGAAGAUGUAUUUUCUCUAAUCGAUGUAAAUAAUGAUAAAACAUUAACAAAAGAGGAAUUUAUUGAUGGUAUUAUGAGAAAUCCAUAUUUAACAGAUAUUAUAUCGCCAUUUAACGAAUAA